AUGGCCGCCGCAACCGCCGCCGACAUGGUCGCCGACGCACUCCCCUCUAACGUCUUCUCGGACUCGGACUCCGACGACCUACUCCUCCCGAACCUCCUCCCCUCCACCGCCGCACCCUCAUCCCCAUCGCGCGCGGAGCUCCACCACUUCCAAAUCCCCUCCCUGCCGGACCCCAUCACCGUCCGCGCGCUCCCCUCGCGGGGCCUCUCGUUCCAGCUCUGGCCCUCGGCCUCCACCCUCCUGCGAGUCCUCCCCGCCGCCCGGAGCCUCCUCCCCCGCCCGCGCGCCCCGGCGGGGAGCCCGCUCAGCGUCCUCGAGCUCGGCUCCGGCACCGGCGCCGCGGGGCUCGCCCUGGCCGCGGCGCUCCCGGCGCGCGCCGUCCUCUCCGACCUCCCCGACGCGCUCCCCAACCUCCGCCACAACGCCGAGCUCAACGCGCCCCUCAUUGCCUCCGCCGGCGGCGCCGCCUCCGUCGUGCCGCUCCGCUGGGGCGACACCGCCGCGAUGGCGGACGUGGCCGCGGCGCAGGCGGCGGCGUCCCCGUUCGACCUCGUCGUGGCGUCGGACGUGGUGUACUACGAGGCGUUGGUCGACCCCUUGAUAGAGACGCUGCGGUUCUUCGUGAAGGGGGAGGUAGUGUUCGUGAUGGCGCACAUGAGGCGGUGGAAGCGCACGGACAAGAAGUUCUUCGGCAAAGCGAGGAAGGUGUUCGACGUUGAGGUGGUUCACGAGGACCCACCGCUCGAAGGUUGGCGCCACGGGCCGGUGGUUUACCGGUUCACCGCCAAGAAGCAGCACGGCAAGAAGUGA